AUGGUUAGGACACGCAAGACCAGUAAUGACGGAACGGUCGCAGAGCCAGAGCAGCGGGAGCUCUUCCAACAGCACAAACACAGCAUUCGACGGUUCGAGAUCCUCAAAAGCACGCCCUUGGGAUUGGUUUUCCCGCAGAACCUCCAGCUAGAAUUAAGGGAUGUCGAUGCCGGGAUUUCAUUGACUGGCCAUUCGUCAUACAUAUCCUCGGGAACAGCUCCAACCUACGCCACCAGUAACAUGAAGUGGUGGAAAGUUGGGUAUAUGUUGCCACCAAAAUUCAAUCUAUAUGCGUCCCAUCCAAAUUCGAAGCAGCGCGGCAAGACAGCUCCUGCCAGCGAGAUCCAAGGAUUACCCGCAUCUCCAUCACACGAUUCAUUCUACGAGGAAGAACCGGCGUCCAAACCAUGGCCACUGGCGACGAUCAAAUACCCUGGUUGGCAAGGAGUAACACAGAUGACGAUCAACAUGACAGUCUACCAAGUCUCGAAAUGGAUGGUCUACGACCAUGAGUUGCAUGCACCCUCAGAUAUUCGAUCCAAAUGGACCAUCAUGCGUGUUGACUAUCGACGGGAAUACAUCAUGGGCCAAAUCGGAUCGCCCGAAACAGGAAUCUACAAGUGGCGGGGGAACAAGAAGAUUCUUGACAUCCCUGAGAUGGACGACGGCUUCCCCAAAUGCAAUGGCAACUUGAAGCUGGAAGACAACGAUGCAAGGCUCGUCGCGGUCUACAAGCAAAGAAGAGAUUCGAAGGUCUUGGGUGGGCUGACGGUCUUCACAGAAAACCUGAAGGACGAUGUUCCCAUCGAAGUGGUGGUAAGCUCUUGUCUUGCUAUCGUCAUGUAUGAGCGUGUCGGUUGGCAAGGUAUGUUCGGGAGUUAA